AUGACACUCCUGGAGCGGAUGUUGUCCUUCUUUUUCACAGUGAAUUCGCGAGGAUUCCUCUUCGUCGCAUCUGUUCUGAUGGUGCUAGAUACUUUCGUUACUUUCUUCAUCAUCAAGAAGGUUCCAUACACUGAAAUUGAUUGGUCAACUUACAUGCAACAAGUAGAAUGCUUCACUAAGAAGAAGAUAUCGAACUACUCCUUGAUUGAAGGAGAUACGGGUCCUGUUGUGUAUCCUGCCGGUCAUCUUUACAUUUAUCAAAUGUUCUAUGUAUUGACUAACAAAGGAAAAGACAUUGUCACUGGACAAUACAUUUUCAUGGUUUUGUAUCUUCUGAACCUAUUCUUCGUCUUCCGCCUCUAUUACAAAUCCAAUAAGAUUGCUCCAUUCGUUCUGCCUCUUCUUGUUAUCACCGGCUAUAGAAUUCAUUCCAUUUUUGUUUUGAGAAUGUUCAACGAUCCCGUGGCCAUGCUAUUCUUCUAUAUUGCAGCUAAUUUGUUUAUUUCUCAACAAUGGAUCUUCGGCUGUUUGUUCUACAGUUUUGCGGUUUCAAUCAAAAUGAAUAUUCUUCUGUUUGCACCAGCUCUUCUGUUUGUGCUCCUUCUGAAUAUUGGGCUCAUUAGAACGAUUCUCAACCUAUCCAUUUGUGCCUUAGUUCAGCUUUUUAUGGGACAGAAGUUCCUUAUGUACGAUCCAAUUGCUUAUAUCAGGAGAUCCUUCGACUUGGGACGGGUUUUCAUGUACAAAUGGACCGUUAACUGGAGGCUUCUACCUGAAGAGGUUUUCUUGGAUAAGAGAUUACAUCUUGCCUUGUUAGCACUCCACGUGGUUGUGGUGCUUGCCUUUGGUUAUUAUAUGUGGUUCAGAUCCCACGGCGGUUUGAGAGCAAGUCUGCUUGAGUUGAGUCAUGGAAUCCGUACUCGCACUGGAGUAGCAGAAACACUCUUCGCUUUGUUCACUGCGAACUUCAUAGGAAUGAUGUUUUCUCGCUCCCUACAUUAUCAGUUCUACAGUUGGUACUAUCAUCAACUUCCAUUCCUGCUAUUCUGGAACUCAUCUCAUUUUGAUGGAUCAAAGGUCAACUUUAUGAGUAUUUUCUUGAAAGUAUCCAUCCUAAUUGGAGUCGAGUUCUGUUGGAACAUCUAUCCGUCAACUGUCUUGUCAUCUUCCUUGCUCCAUUUCUACCACUUCGUCAUUCUAGGAUAUUUAAUUGUUACUCGAAUAGAGAGAUAUAAGAGAAAAGUCAAAACAACCUAA